CCUCCGCCGCGGGCUGAGGGGAGCUCCGUCCGUCCCGCCGCCGAGGGGCUGAGGGAAAGCAGAGCCCCCUUUCUUCCCCCACCCCCGUGCCUCUUUUCCACCGCAGGGAGAGACCUUCCUUCUCCUGACCCCUUCCCCGGCGGGGAGCGGAGGGGAGAGGGAUCCCCCUGCCCUCCUCACCCCUGUCAAGCCGGGCUCCCCUGCCCUUUGCUCCCUGUCAAGCGGAGGGUGAGUCAGACAUCUCGCAGGCUGCAAGCAGGUGGGGACAGAAGCUGGCUCCUGCCUCGAAGGGAAAGGGUGGUCAUUUUCCCUCCCUCUCCCACUUUCUUUCUCCCCGUAGGUGCCGGGGCUGGACCAGGGUGAACUCCUCCUUCGAGUCCUUCGGCCUGUGAAACUUUCGCCAUGGCUGGCGGUGGGGUCGGGACCUCGCUCCUGCUGAUGGCCGGCAUCAUGGUAGCGGUGGGGCUGUGCAGGAGAUUGACCCGCCGCCGGCUGCAUGCCCACCAGCGCCUUUGCACUUUCCUGUUGGAGAUGUUUAGCACCUUCCAGAUUUGUGCCUGCACUAACGAGCUCUGCUUGCUCGGCAAUGUGGAGCCGAAGCCGCAUACCGCCCUCACUCUCACCUACGGUUUCACCGUCCUGCACGGCUUGACUCUGACCGGCAGCACAUGCAAUCCCUGUGGCACCUUGCAGCCGAUGUGGGGUGGUGGGAUAUCGGUCAAGAUGGGUGGACUCAAAAUCGCCGCUCAGUUCGUGGCUGCAGUGCUUGCCAGAGUGUUCAUGCACUUCAUCUGGAGCCUGGAGAUGGCAGAGCCACAUUUUGGAGCACUCUCGCAGGGCUGCAGCAGCCCCAUGCAGACUACAGAGACGCAGGCGUUCUGCAUAGAACUGCUCUUUUCUGUCGUUUUCCAGCUGAGCGUCCUGCGAGUGGAAGGUGUUAAUCCCAAAUACAAAGUCCAUUUGAUUGCUCUUCUCAUCACCAUGCUCGUGUAUGCAGGUGGAAAUCUCACAGGAGCAAUAUUUAACCCAGCAUUGGCUUUUUCAUUACAUGCAAAUUGUUUCUAUGACAAAUUUUUUAGUUACUCACUAGUAUAUUGGAUAGCACCAUCCUUAGGUACAAUACUUGUGGCUUUCAUAUGGGAUGAAAUCCUUCCUCGGAUAUCCUGAGACAUCAAAUUUUGAAAUCUAGCAGUACUACAUUAAAAAAAUACUUUCAACAUCUGCAGACAUGAAGCUUUCAGAAAGCUGUUGACA